AUAAUACUUUAUAGAUUAACCACAAUGUUUUUAAAGUUCUCUGUUUCGUUUCUGUUUUUUAUCCUAGCCAUUAGCUGUAUGCAUACAGGCCCACUUGAAGGGAAAAAUGAUCCUGAAGCAUCAGGUUCAGCUGUACCUGAAGAGAAAAUUAAUGUCACACCGGAGGAUUUAGAGCUUAUAGAAGAGGCGUUCGAGGGUUGUAGAAAAUUGACGUUAAUAGAAUACGACGUCGACAUUAUUGAAGAAAGAGUUGGACUUGACGAUUAUUACCUAUACAUGGGUGACAGCAAUGACCAAUGGGAAUUUGUAAAAUCAUAUUUCGAAACCUAUAAGGAAUGGCCCUCUUAUUUUUCCAUGACAUCAGACAUAUUUCGUGAUCUUUUUAUAAUACAUUGUGAAAAAUCUGGAUUGUCCGUUUCAAAAAUUGCUGAACAAAGAAAAGCCAAAUUGGAUUCAAAGAUUACAAAGAAAGGAUAUCUUGAUUGGAAACAUAAAUUGAACGAAUACCUCCAAGUUUAUGUAAAACGUUGGGAACGUUCGUGCAAUCUUUAACAAUCUGAUUCAGAAACAAAAGAAGCAGACGAACGUCCUAAAAAAUGACAUUCUGAAGAAUAAAUUAAUAUGUCUAAUAAUGUUAUAAUUUUUUUUUAAAUCUCUUAAAUUGUUAUUUAAAAAACGUUUCAAAAUAUAAUAUGUCAUAACGACUUUAAUAAUU